AUGUAUAACGUUGCUGCCAACGACACAUCCAACGAAAUAUUAAUUAAAUUAUUCCAUGAUAUUGAUCGUAUUUUUUCAUAUCAAACUUGUGAUAUAAAUUCUAUUAUUGAAUUAUAUACUCGUGUAUAUAAUUAUUGUACAAGUGCAUCAGCACGUUUAGCUGAAUUCAGAUUGUUAGAAACAGCUACUGGUCGACGAAAAUAUUUGUUAAAAGCAACAUUACCAUCUGGAAGUAGCGGUCGCGCAGGUGGUGAACUAUAUUAUUAUUUUGAGAGUUAUUUGAUAAAUUACCUUGAAAAUCUUCUUCAAAUGAACAACAAUAUUUCAAGGGAAUAUCUACUUCAAUUCUAUACAGAUCAAUGGAAUAAAUAUAAAUUUUCAAGCAAUCUAUUGAAGCCUAUUUUCAGUUAUCUCAAUCGAGAGUGGGUGCAAUUUGCACUUAAUAGUGGUUAUAAUUCUAUUCAUGAGACUUUUACUUUAUCGAUGUUACUCUGGCGAGAAAUUAUGUGGAAAUCUCUUAAAGACAAAUUGACUGAUACCUGUUUUGAUUUAAUCAAAUCAUAUUAUGACAAUCAAGUUGCCGAUAUUAAACUUAUUUUUAUUCUCAUAGAAAGUUACUUAGCAAUUGACUUUCCUCACAAAAUGUUCAUAUGGCUGAAUGAUGAAGAAAUAACAGUACUAAAUGAAAAAAUUUAUGAAAAUUAUUUUGAAAAACCAUUUCUUCAAAAUACGGAAGAAUUUUACCGAUCAAAAGCAAUAUUUGAUUUAGAGAAUAUAUCUGUUAUUGAAUAUCUGGAAAAGUUUACUCCGUAUAUUAAUAAAGAUAUGGAACUUAUUUAUUCAUAUCUGCCAUCAUCGACACAAGAACAAUUGAUAAAAUUAAUCUAUGAAAUAUUUCUUAAAGAUCAUCUCGAUAUUAUACAGAAUCACAUAGAUAAGUUGAUACAUGAAGAAAAUAUUCAAGAUUUAGACAUGAUUUAUAAAAUAGUCAAACAAAUACCAAUAAUUAAAAAUCAGAUAAUAGAAAUUAUUGAAAAUUAUUUUUAUCAAACAGGUAUAAAAACAAUUGAAUAUCUGCGUGAAACGGCAAAUGAUGAUCUAAAUGUAUAUAUCGAAACAAUUUUUGAUAUUCAUAAGAAAUUCUUAAAAUUAAUUCAACAAGCCUCUAAUGAUGAACAAAGUUUUACUACUGCUCUGAAUAAAGUUUGUUCUCAAUUUAUUUAUUACAAUAGAAUGACAUACAUAGCUAAUGAUAUAAAACAAUCACUCGAUUUAUUAGUUAAAUAUUUUGAUACAAUUCUAACAGAAGGAAAUAAAUCAAUUGAAAAAAUUAAUCUUGAAAAAUUUAAUCAAAUAAUGAUCUUCUUAAACUAUAUAGAAGAUGAAAAUUUUCUUGAAAAUUUUUAUAAAGAAAUAUUAAGAAAACUUUUAUUUGAUCAACUAACUAUUUCCAAUAACAAUAAAGAAUCAAUAGUUUCAUUAGAAAGUGAUAGUGAAGAUAUUCUUAGUUUUUAUACAAAUCUUUGGGAUAAAUAUGAAAUAUCUAGUAAAAUUCGAUCUCAAAAAAAGAAGAUGAAUGAAAUAUCUAUUAUGGCAAUAAAAAUUUGGCAAAAAUAUGUUUUUCAUCGAUUAAAUAAACACAUAAUAAAAGCUUGUCUUGAUUUAAUUAAAUGUGAACAUAAUAAUGAAGUUAUCAAUACUCAUUUGAUUGGUCGUGUUAUUCAAAGUUAUGUUACACUUGGAUUUGGUGAAGAUACGAAAAAUAACACUAAUAAUAAUAAUGAUAAUAAUAAUCGAAUGACAUCACCAGCAUUAACAAUAUAUAAAGAUUAUUUUGAAAUAGAAUUUCUAAAAGAUACUGAAGAAUUCUAUCGAUUAGAAUCAGUAACUUUUCUUGUUAAUAAUUCUGUUACUGAAUAUUUAAAAAAAGUCGCACAACGUCUUGAUGAAGAAGUACAUAGAACACAAUCAUAUUUACAUUCAUCAACAUUACAAAUAUUAAUUGAAAAUCUUGAAGAAAUACUUAUUCAUGACCAAAUUCAAUUGAUUUAUGCUGAAGCAAAGAUACUUUUACAUAGUGAAAGUCAUCAAGAUUUGGCCCUUCUAUUCAGAUUAGUCAAUAGAAUACCAAAUGCAACUAUUGAAUUAAAUAAAAUUGUUGAAAAUCAUAUAUAUGAUAUGGGUAUAAAUACUAUUGAACAUGUUAGUGAAACAGCAAUUAAUGAUCCAAGAGUAUAUAUCGAAACAAUAAUUAAUAUUCAUAAAAAAUUCUUAAAACUUAUUCAAAAUGCUUUUAAUAAUGAAAAAAGUUUUACUACUGCUUUAGAUACAGCUUGUAGUAAAUUUAUAAAUAAUAAUACAAUAACACAAACAGCUGGUAUAACAACAAAAUCAUCUGAAUUAUUAGCUCGAUAUUGUGAUGUACUUCUCAGACGAGGAAAUAAAACCGUUGAAGAAACUGAUCUUGAAGAAAAAUUCAAUGAAAUAAUGGUUGUAUUAAAUUAUAUUGAAGAUAAAGAUCAUUUUUUAAAAUUUUAUCAAAAAUUAUUAUCAAAACGUCUUCUACAUCAAUUAAUUAUAUUAAAUGAAUAUGAAGGAUUAAUUAUUUCAAAAUUAAAACAAAUUUAUACUUAUGAAUAUACAACAACAGUUGAACGAAUGUAUCAAGAUAUCAUUAUUAGUAAAACUUUAAUGUCUGAAUAUGAAAAGUUUUGCAAAAAUCCUCAUUUAACUGAUCUAGUCAAUUUUUCUGCUAUUAUUCUCAAUUCAAAGUCUUGGCCAUUUUUAAUUCCAUCAAACUUAAUCUUACCGAUUGAACUAAAAUCAACAUUUAAUAGUUUUAUAGAUUUUUAUACUGAUCGUCAUCAUAGACGGAAAUUAACAUGGGUUCAUCAACAUUCAAAAGGUGAACUACAAACAUUUUUUACUUCACAAAAAUAUACAUUACAAGUAUCAAUAUAUCAAAUGGUUAUUUUAUUAUUAUUUAAUAAAACAUUAAAUUGGAAAGUCAAACAAAUACAAGAUGAAACACAAAUUAAGUCUGAAUUAUUACGUCAAAUUCUUUCUGGUUUAUUAAAAAGUAAAAUAUUAAUAUGUAAAGAAAUCAGUGAAGAUGAAUAUUUAAACGAUAGUGAUAUUAAAGAAAAUUAUUCAAUUCGAUUGGCAACUGAUUUUAUAAGCUUUUAUUUUAAACCUGAAGUUUGUUUAAUUAAAAAAUGUAUUGAUAUAUUAAUUGAAAAAGAAUAUCUUAAACGAGAUUCAAAUGAAAAUGAUGUUUUACAUUAUUUAAAUUAA